AUGCCCGCGCCCGCCACCGUCCUCUCGACACUCCUCCUCGCCGCGGCCGCGCUCGCGAACCCGCACGCGCACGCGCACGCGGACCACGCGCACACGGCCGCGCCCUGCCCAGCAGCUGGCGACGGCGUGAGCUACGCGCAGGUCGGCACCCCCGAAUGGAGCGCGAGCUUCCCGACCCCCGGUGUCCCCAUCCAGACCUCCCAGAUCCCGCAGGCCUGGCUCACCGCGCUCAGCGCCGCCAAGUCCGCGGGCAAGGUCCCCAGCCUCGCGCCCUCGACGCAGGCCGUCCCGUACACGAACCCGACGUACCCCGGCCAGGACCCGAACAACAUGCCCGUCUGCUCCGCGACGUACAAGUGCAGGAACCCGGAGGACCUCUGGGACGCCCCCGACGGUGUCUUCGGCAGCUCCUUCGACGACGGCCCGCUCGAUACCUCGAUGCCGCUCUACAACCUCCUGCACGAGAACAACCUGGUCACCACCCACUUCAUGAUCGGUGUCAACAUCCUCUCCUACCCCACCGAGUUCCUCUUCGCGUUCCAGACCCUCCAGAGUGACAUCGCCGUCCACACAUGGACGCACCCGUACAUGACCACGCUCUCGGACGAGCAGGUCGUCGCCGAGCUCGGCUUCACCAUGCAGCUCAUCCACAACUCCACCAGCGGCCGCCUCCCCAAGUACUGGCGCCCGCCCUUUGGCGACUCGGACGAGCGCGUGCGCGCGAUCGCGAAGGAGGUCUUUGGCCUCCGCACCGUCAUCUGGAACCAGGACACCGAGGACUGGAGCAUCGGCGAGGCCGGCGGCGCGACCCGCCCCCAGGUCGACGCGAACCUCCAGAAGUGGAUCACGGGCCCGAAGUCGCCCGGGCUCAUCAUCCUCGAGCACGAGCUGAGCAACGACACCACCGGCGCGUUCAUCCAGGCCUUCCCGCUCAUCGCCCAGAACGGCUGGAAGUUCGAGUCCCUCGCCCGCCUUGACGGCGGCGACGUCUACCACAACUCGCCCGACUCCAAGCCCGACUCCGAGGUCCUCCCCGGCGUCGUCGGCGCGUCCUUCUCCGGCUCCGUCGGGCCCAUCUCGUCCAGCGGCUCCGGCGCGCCCGCGACGACCGCCACGAGCGGCAAGAACAACGUCGCGCAGACCACGACGAAGAGCGCGGCGUCGUCGACCAAGUCCGCCGACGGCAGCUCGAAGACGAGCGGCGCGCUCGCGGGCGUGUCGCCCGUGUCCGCUGCGCUCGCUGCCUUUGCCGGCGUCCUCUCUGCCGCGCUCGCGCUCUCAUCAUGA